GGAAUAAAUCCAGAAGUUUGCGGAUACAGAAAUUGGGAAAGAAUCGAGCGACGUGAGAACGAAAUCUUCUGGAACAUACUACAUUAUCCUUUCACUUCCUUUAAAUACUUCAUCAGUUUCACCCGCAUCAUCAAACAAGAAAGAGUUACCUGAUUACGAUCGCUCUACAACUGCGAAGUUUCAAAUCUCUGUUAAGUAUUAUAAUCAUAAGCAUGUCGCUAAUUCCAAGUUUGUUCGGUGGGCGAAGGAGCAACGUCUUCGAUCCCUUCUCUAUAAAUGUGUGGGAUCCUUUCAAGGAAUUUCCUUUCCCUGAAUCUGCUCGAGAAAAUUCUGCAUUUGUGAGCACCCGUGUGGAUUGGAAGGAGACCCCAGAGGCACACGUGUUCAGGGCUGACAUCCCAGGACUGAAGAAGGAGGAAGUGAAGGUGGAGAUCGAAGAUGAUAAUGUUCUUCAGAUUAGCGGAGGGAGGAAUGUUGAGAAGGAAGAUAAGAACGACCGGUGGCAUCGCGUGGAGCGUAGCAGUGGGAAGUUCUUGAGGAGGUUCAGAUUGCCGGAGAAUGCAAAAGUGGAGAAAGUGAAGGCUUCUAUGGAGAAUGGUGUUCUCACUGUCACUGUCCCCAAGGAAGAGAUUAAGAAGCCAGAAGUGAAGGCCAUUGAAAUUUCUGGUUAAGCUUAAUUGGUUACUUAGCUGAGUUUUAUAUUUUGUUUGGAUUUUGUGUGUGAUUGAUGCUACAGAGAUGUUGUAAAAUGCAUAUAAUGGAUGCUGAGAAAUAAAAUUUCAUUUUGAUAA